GAAGCCAAAGUUCAGAGGAGCCAUGAUAUUUUACAAAAUGCCUAGAUUAAAAAAAUACCAACUACGGCUAAUAAUAAUAUGCUUUAGUACUUUAAUGCUCAUGGUGUACUGGGAACAGAUUGACAAUAACCUUGUAACCCAUGUAAUGUCUUUCUAGUACCGCUACCUUCUCAAUAGCUUUACGUUCAUUAACACAAGCUUUAGAGUCCAUCCCGAAAACUCUAUCAAGUACAAUAAUCGCAGAUACCUAAAAAAAACCACGAGGGUAAGUGUGGUGAAAAGGACGUUCUGCUCCUGCUCUUUGUGAAAAGCUCCUCUGGGAACUUUGAGAGAAGACAAGCCAUUCGCUCUACUUGGGGAAACGAGGCGUACAUUGAAAGGACACUGGGUGUUACUGUAAGGGUGUUGUUUGCUCUUGGCCUCCAUCCCGAACCAGAGCAAAGAAGACUACUUAAGAUGCAGCUGCUGUUUGAGGACCAAAGAUAUCACGACCUCAUCCAGCAGGACUUCAUGGACACCUUCCACAAUCUUACUCUGAAGCUACUUUUGCAGCUUGGCUGGAAAGAAACCUACUGCCACCAUGCCCAGUUUCUCAUCUCUGCAGAUGACGAUGUCUUUGUUCACAUUCCCAACUUAAUUCACUUCUUGCAAGGGACUGGCCACAGUAAUGCCAAGGACCUGUGGAUAGGAAGGGUUCACCACGGUUCACCACCCAUCCGAGAUAAAGAGAGCAAGUACUACGUGUCCCAAGACUUGUACCCGUGGUUGUCUUACCCAGAUUACACCCCUGGAUCUGGUUAUGUCCUCUCCAGAGAUGUGGCUACCAAAAUCUAUCAAACUGAGCUAACCUUAAACACUUCCUUUCAUAUCGAUGAUGUCUUCCUCGGGAUCUGCGCCAAAGUGCUAGGAAUCGCUCCCAAGGACCAUGCGUUCUUUUCAGGAGAGGGAAAAGCUCCUAAUCACCCUUGUAUCUACAACCAGAUGAUGACUUCUCAUGGACACGUCAAAGACAUUUGGGAAAUGUGGAAGCUUGUAACAGAAGCUGAAGUUGGUCAGAUACCCUCAGGGCUGAUUUGGAGGCUCUACUGCACUGUUGCAAAAGUGAGGCUCCUAUGUGUACCAUUCCUGUCAAACUCUUACCCGUGUAAGGCAGCUUUUUUUAAUACAACAGUUAUUAAACUUGAAAAGACCUCUCAGAUUACAGAUAACAUUUCUGUGCUGCAGUUUUCAUGUGUGCUUUCUUUAUAG